AUGAAGGCAUACUGGUUUGACAAUCAAGAGGGCGACCAGCGUCUGACGCAUGACUCCGGCCGCGAAGUCGAUGCCGCCUACCUUGCGAAGCUCGGCGUGCUGUACCACCACUGCCCCGAACUGUCUGCUGUCGAUGCCAUCGCUAAAGACCGCCACUACAAGAAUCGUGAUGAGAUCACCGUGUCUCCCCAAGCCAUGGGUAACGUCUACGAGGACAAGGUGAAAAUGUUCUUCCAUGAGCAUCUACACGAAGAUGAAGAGAUUCGAUACAUUCGCGACGGUGCGGGAUAUUUUGAUGUCCGAUCAGAGGGCGAUGACUGGGUGAGAAUCCGGCUGGAGAAGGAUGAUUUGAUCAUUCUGCCCGCAGGCAUUUACCAUCGAUUUACAACCGACGAGAACAAUUAUAUCAAGGCCAUGCGCUUGUUCCAGGACGAGCCCAAGUGGACACCACUGAACCGGGGCGCUGAGACCGACAUCAACCAGCACCGCAAGACCUACUUGCAAUCUCGGAACGUGGCACCGGUAGCAUGA